UUUCCCAGCUUGCAGAGCCAGAGAGUGACCAACCGCACCGAUCCAACCGGAUUCACAAAGCGGUAGCACCACAGAGAGAGAGGAGGAGGCGGUACCGAACGUGUUUCCCUGACCUUCCCUUCCAUUACGUGAUUGAGACGAGGGAGUAAAGCAGAAUGACGAUACGGCUUCCCUUGGCGGUGGUGGUGGCUGUGGUGGUGAUAAUAGAAUCUGUUGUGGAGUUGCGGGGUGAGAGCAAUGCUAUCGAUGUGGAUGCUGUGGGACCUCUUCUGCAGGCCACCUCGAAGUCCCGCGACCAACAUCACGGUGAGCUGUGGGCUGUGUUGGUCGCUGGUUCGAACUCCUGGAUGAACUACCGGCACCAGGCGGAUGUGUGCCACGCCUACCAAAUCCUACACAAACAUGGGGUUCCUGACGACCACAUAAUUGUCAUGAUGUAUGAUGACCUUGCCAACAACGUGGACAACCCAACUCCCGGCGUGGUAAUCAACCGUCCUGGGGGCCCCGACGUGUAUGCUGGCGUACCCAAGGACUACUCCGGCAAGGAUGUGACACCAGAGAACUUCCUGAAGGUGCUGCAGGGGGAUGCGAAGGGCAUGAGGGGCACAGGCUCUGGUCGGGUGCUCCAGAGUGGCCCCAAUGACCGGGUGUUCAUCAAUAUGGUGGACCACGGAGCGCCAGGCAUCUUCGCAUUCCCAGACGAGUACCUGAAUGCCACGGACUUCGCCAAUACACUCAUCGGCAUGCAUAGAGACAAGAGAUUCCAUGAGAUGGUUGUUUACGUGGAGGCGUGUGAGUCGGGGUCGCUCUUCGAAAACCUCCUCCCGAAAGACAUAGAAGUGUACGCCCUGAGUGCCUCCAGUCCUCGCCAGCACUCCUAUGCCUGUUACUUCGACAACAAGCUGGGCACCUACUUGGGCGACGUGUUCAGUGUCAAGUGGAUGGAGGACUCUGACAUUGAGAACCUUCGCCGGGAGAGCCUCAAGUCUCAGUUCGUGCUGGUGAGGGAGGAAGUCACCACCUCCACCGUCAUGCACUGGGGCGAACUCAGCAUUGGCAGCAGGAAGAUGGCGCGCUUCCUCGGCGGCAAAAAAUCCAGCCACCCCCACUCACGCCCGACCACCCAGCACUUGCAGUUCCCCGCUGACCCCUGUGUGAACUCCUCCGUCCCCAGCCCUGAUGUGCCCCUGGCCAUCCUGCAAGCCAAGAAGCACUCCGCCACCACCCCUGAGGAACGAGAGCAUUUGCAGGAGCAGCUUGAUAUCCUACACGAGAAACGCCGAGCUCUGAAGUUGGCCAUGCAUGAGUUGGCACGGGAGGUGACCGGGGACACAGAAGUGGCCGCUAAUAUGGUGAGCGGACGGCACCAGCUCCACGACAUCAUCCGCUGGCCCUGCUACAUGGAUGCCGUCAGGAUCUUCCACACCCGCUGCAUCAAUCUGGCGCAGAACCCGUAUGCCCUGCGACUGGUGGACACGUUCAUCAACCUCUGCGAACACGGCUACACGGCUGACCAGGUGCUGCGGGCAACGACCUCCGUGUGCCCCUUCAGCCCCAAGAACGUGCUGUGAGAAGAGAUGAGGAAAGGGUCGGGCCACUUCAGGGUCCUUACAUGCUAGUGGGGAGGGUGGAAGGCGCAGGAGGGGCACCACUCAGUUGACCUCGCUUCUGGCCUCAUGUUCUUUUUUUCUUAUGUUGGAGUAGCGUCUAACGGGGCUUUAUAGUUGCUGUUUAUUCUUUUUGCCCUUGAGCUGUCUCCCUUGCUGCUUAAAAAAAAAAAAAAUGCUGCUGGACAUGGGAGGAUAUAUGAAGAUUUGAGUGGAUGGAUGACCUGAGGACCACCACUACUACCACCACCACCACCACUAUGACCACCCCCACCACCACUAUCACUGUAUACGCCAAGUGGAGUGACCUGUACUGGUUGACCUGAAGACCACUACCAUAAUACACACAAGUUGGAUGACCUCUACACUGUGCCCUGAGAACCACUACCACCUAACAGAGCAGGAUGAGUAGAAGACCACCACCUCCACCACCACCACCACCAAGCAAGAGAACCACCACUACACUGACCCAACCACCACAACCAUCACCCUGUAUACCCCAUGGAAGGACCUUUACUCUUUGGCCCGACAAACACCACCACCCAACGUUGCCAGAUUGUCUUACUCAGCCUCUUAUAUUUACCGACUUCCGACCCAAAAACUGUCUCGUGGACCCCAAUAAGGAGAUUCACUUAUAAUUAUCGUUAAAAUAGUUAAUUCCCGAUGUUUCUUGGCAAUAGUUAGGCGUCAGAAACCGGUAAAUACUAUGUUCUGAGUACAACAAUCUGGCAGUGGUUGGUGGCACAUACAAAGCAGAGGACACGUUCACUGUGGUGUUGGUGUGGUUGUAAUAUCAGGGGCAGCAACAGCAGCAGGCGCAUUAUAAUCCCAGUCUGUCCUCUGCCAGCAGCUCUCUAUUUGCGUUCUCUCAAUUUGUGAUGUUAUUAGUGGUUAAGUGGUAUGCCAAUAAGAGAAAGGCAUUUAGAUGGAAUAUUACCACCACGACCACCACCACCACCAACAACAACAACAACUAGCAGCAGACCGUCUUGUAUGCACACCUUUUUGUUCUAUUAGUACUGUAUCACCUAUUUUUAAACAGGUUAGCCUACCCUUCCAUGCCCCACCCACUCAGCUAUUGGUUGUAUAUUAUAAGGAGCUCUUUGCCACACAUUCCCUAUUUCUACUCAUCCUUCAAUACACUUAAGAUGGCGGGAGCAUUCACUGAAAUUGCUUAAUUGAAUAUAUAUCUUUUAUCUACCA